GGAGUAUUUUGGGUGUACAGUCAUAAGUCGGACUCCGAGGAGCCAGGAAGUAACUGUGUGCCAUGCAGCUCAUGCGACGGAUAAAGUAGCGCGAGCGAGCGUCUGUUGUCAGCAGUCGGAGAUCACACGCGCGAGAGUGAGGAAGAACAACAAGCCCAACUGCAAAUUACUGCCAAAUCUAGUGCAGUACAACUUACGGACCCCACAAGAGGCGAACUCCGAAGGAGCUUUCACAUUUUAAACGCCAAAGCUUUCUGAAACACACUCCAUCAUUAGAAGAAGAGAAAAGACGGAAGGAAAUAAGAGCGGGACUUGCGAGUUUCAAGGCAACGCUUCAGUCUCUUUGCAAGUUUAUACAGAUAGCCUACAAAUUAACACAAUUGAUCAAAUCGCCUUCAAGAUGCCUCGGGUGGUCCCGGAUCAGAGGAGCAAGUUCGAGAACGAGGAGUUCUUCAGGAAACUCAGUCGCGAGUGCGAGAUAAAAUACACCGGUUUCCGCGACCGGCCGCACGAGGAGAGGCAGGCGCGCUUCCAGAACGCGUGUCGUGACGGCCGCUCGGAGAUAGCUUUUGUGGCGACCGGCACCAACCUCUCGCUGCAGUUCUUCCCAGCCAACCUUCAUGGGGAUCAACGGCAGGCGCCCACCCGAGAAUAUGUGGACUUCGAGCGGGAGACGGGAAAGGUUUAUCUAAAGGCCCCUAUGAUCCUGAAUGGAGUGUGUGUGAUCUGGAGAGGCUGGAUUGAUCUUCAGCGUCUGGAUGGGAUGGGUUGUCUGGAAUAUGAUGAGGAGAGGGCACAGCAUGAGGAUGCUCUAGCCCAAGCAGCCUUUGAGGAAGCCCGUAGAAGAACCCGUGAUUUUGAGGACAGGGAUCGCUCGCACCGUGAGGACAUGGAGCAGAUGCCGAUGGCACAGCUCAGUCAUUUAAUAACUCAGGAGGACCCUGUGGCAUCAAAAAUCUGGGACUGAUGGCCUUCAAGGACCAGGCCCAGGCGACAGCAGGACCCCAGCCCUGGCUCCAACAUGGGCAACACUGAUGAUCACAAGAUGCGCUAGCGGCAUUCACCAAAGUGGGCAGGGAUAGGGUCAUAAGACCUCCAACACCACGGCAAUCUCAUCUCCUGAUGCCUUGUUUAUCACAGGACAGACCAAAGUCCACACCGGUGGGGAUUUUCGGAUGGGAUGUUUGGUGAAGGGGCUGGGUGGGUUGGGCUGGGCUGGUAUUGAUGUGAGUCAGAGAUUCAUUCGCAUUUGAUUUAGUCCCUCGGUUCUUCUUGGGAUUUUUGCACUAUGUGAUACGUUCAGUUUAAGUCCCCCAUAUCGCCUUUCGGUAUGCAUGGUUUUUCUACCUAUGUUUGCUCUUGUCCCCCUCCCCCCCAUGCAAGGCAUCUUAUUUUAUCCUGUUGUAAUGAAAUGGCAUUUUUUAAUUAUUUUAUUCGUAUUGUGUGUGAAAGUCAGGAUGUUUACUUUUUGUAUUUUCAUUUCCUCUAUAUAUAUAGACAUGUCUGUCCUUGUGCUUCGUAGAAGAAACUAGUAAGCUUCGCUAGGUAGAUUUGUGCAGUAGAAGUAGAUUGUUAUUUUAUGUCUAAAAUCAAAAAAGAGGCUGCUGACGUUGUGAACAAGGAGGUCUUUUUUUUCUACCGUCAUUCUCUAUGCGCUCUGUCUUCCACUCUCUUCCUGUAACAGUCAGUUGAAGCAUGCUUUGAACGUGAACUGAGAAGCAGGAAGUGAAUAUUGAGGUCAGUGUUAAUCUGAGUGUGCGCUACACAUCAUUUUCAUUUACGUCAAUGUUUUACCCAUUUGGCUUGUUUUAAGCAGUGUUUUGCUGCAAAGGCUAUUUUAUUCUUAAAAUUAACACAUUUUUCAGUCAUUGAAGACAAUUCUCCAAAAUGGAGAAAUUUUUUCACUUCCUCAGACUACAUUAUUUCCCUUUCUGUUUUCUUUGGUUUUAAUGAGAUUAAAACUCAAACCUUAAUGACAUUAAAACUCCCUCCAUUCUUAUAAAACCAGGUGAAAUUAUGCAAUUUACGAUAUAUGCCAGGUAGGACCUUUUUAACACUCAGACAAGAGUUGUAAAGACAAAUUCACAGUAAUAUCUGUAAAUCGUACAUCUGUCACUUCCAGACAGAUCUAAAAUUCCUAAACAUUUUUACAUCUCCCUCUGUUUUUAUAUAUGCAAGUAAAUAUAAUCACAAAAAUGAGAUAAAACAUUCUCCAGCAGGUCAAAUAGAGCACAUUAGUGUGCCCUUUGGUCGAAGGUCCUGAAAUCUGUUUAAGAUGAUUUAGCGUUUCGUGACGGUGUGGUUAGUUGUAUGUUAGUUGUUAAAGGAAAAUCAGUGAUAAAAAAAAGAAAGGAAAGUAGGGAAGAAAAUACAGGUUAGAAACUAAGUUACUCUAUCAUAAAAGCUUGUAACAGAACAAGCGCAUGAACGGAAUCACAGAUUGUCAUCCAAGGACAUUUGAUUUUGAGCGAUAUUUAACAAUUCAUCGUUUCUAUGUUGCUUUUUAUUUACCACAUCCAAUGGUAAGGAUUUAAGGGCCAAGAAUUCUUUUUUUUGGGGGGUGGGACGCUGAAGUCAGAAGGUACGGCCUACCUCUAGCUUAAACCAAAUAUACACAAAUGAGAGCUUAUUUAUAGAGCAAAUUCAUGUUGUCUGAGUGUUGAGGAAACGCUAAUGUUGGUUUAGUAGAACGUUAGAGCUUUAUAUAGUUGGAGUGGGCUUUCAUACCACACACAAUGGUCAGAGACCGGGGCACCAGGAGGUUAUUGAGGUCUGGAUAUAUUUUGAAGAUGCCAGAGACGGAGAACUUGACCAAAACAGAGCCCGCAAAACAGUCCUGCUUUAAUUAGUCCCUCAGAUCAACCGCUUCUAGGUGUGUCUUAUGCUGUGUAUCAAAGAAACAACCUUUGCUGGCCCUCUGUUAGUUUCUCUCUCACCCUUUUACUUAAUGCUGGCAUUAAGGCAAAAUACAGUACGCACCAGGUAGUGGAUGGCUCUUUUUUAAUGAAUGAAUAAAUAAAAUGUUUAUUUUCUUAAUUGUUUUAAGUUAUUGAUGCAGGUAUACGUUUGUUUCAUUAUGAGGUUCCGCUAUGAUCAAAUGUGUAUUUCUGUAUUGAUAUUGCUUUCUUUUUCCCCUUUGGCCCACCUAAAGAAGUGGGGAUGCUUUUAUAUGGUCUUUGGUUUUAGCUUUUUUUCUGUUUUUAAUUUUAAGCAAGGAGGACUGUUAACUGAAGUGUUAUGUUUGAUUUGUUUCUUAAUAAACUUGUUACAAACCACA